GUUUGCGGACAACCGCAACAACUUCUUCAGGUUCUGCAACAGACACUUCCACCGCAAGUGUUCAAUCUGUUGCUCCAGAGACUGCCUGUCGUCAGUCAGAAAUUGGCUAAAUCUAUGGGCGGCGGCGCUACUGGACCCGAGCCGCCGAUGUCGGCCACCAUUACGGAAGCGAUGGCUGAAGAAGACGUUGAAUGAGAUAUUAGUGGAUAUUUUUUUUAAUACUAGCGUUUUUCAUAUGAUUUUUUCUUUACAUUUUAAUAACUUUUCGA